AUGCCCCAGGCACGCCUCCUGCCGCUGUAUGUUGCCUUGCUACUCUCGGGGCACGCACCUGAAGCCACACUGGGAAACGAAGAGAAAUGGAAGCCACUCAACAACCCCAGAAACCGAGAUCUAUUUUUCAGAGCCCUUCAGGCAUAUUUUAAAGGAAGAGGUCUCGAUCUUGGAACGUUUCCAAAUACUUUCUCCGUGAAGGAAAACCCCAGGCCGCUGUCUUUCCAUUCAGAACUCAUUGCCUCUGCAUUUAGAGAUGAUGAAGAGCAGAAAAGCUCCCUCCCAGUGAUCCCAAAGGCUGAACGUUCCUUCUGAGCACAGGUCCUGGCUAUUCCUAAACCACAGAAGAGUCUUGUUAGGAAACAUCAGUAAAGCCACAGCUGAAUUUUGGUGUUUUCCCUGUUUUCACUUGUCAAUUUGGUGUGAUUGUAUUUGACAUUUUCAGAUUGACAUAGAAGUAGCUGGAUCUUUGAAGCAACGUGUGUCUCCCAUGUGCACGUUGGGAAUGUUUCUUCUCUCUAUAAGCAUAAAAAUUGACAUAGAGCACUACA